UGGCAAGGUGACCUGCGACUUGAAAAGCCGGUACUAGGGACUGAUGAAGAUGGAGCUGGUCGGAUAUUUAGUAGCAGUUGUGACAGUUUUUCAUGCAGCAAAUGGAAAUACCAUCUCAAUUGACAUCCCAUCUGUAACGACAUCCGCAGGGCAGGAUCUUCAACUGACGUGUACUUUCGAUGGCAGCUGGGGGAUUGGAUUCCGCAUGCAGUGGCUGAAGGACGGAAACCCUAUUGCGGAUCCAUCUUCUCUUGAAGUCAAGCAGGACUUUGUUGGUCGCUUCAGUCUUGAUUUGAGUGGUACUGCAUAUACAUUAAGUAUUACUGGAAUUGAAAUAGGUGAUGCAGGUAACUAUGAGUGUACAUUCUCCAUCAGUGGUACAGUGCAGCAGACUCUCUCCUCUGUAGUCACUGUCAUAGCUCCUCCGACAGACGUAUUCCUUUACCAUGGCAAUAUAAGCAACAAGAUUUCAGGGGGCCAAAACUACAUGUUUGAGGAUCGCGUCGAGUCGGUUGUGGGAUGUGCAGCUCUAGGCGGUCAGCCGGCUCCAGUACUUGAGUUCAGUAUUGGGGACUCUGUCCAAACAGAUUUCAAUUCGGUUACCCUGGAUCCCACUACUGACGCCGCAAUCCAGAACGACAAGUUUGCACUGGGCGUGCAGGAUGCCAACAAGAAGAUGAAAUGUACCUGGAAGACCCCAGAUGCCACCAACCCAAGACACCAAGGUUCUGUAGAAGUGACGCUCACCGUUAGUUGUAAGUAG